GUUGUUGUUAGAUAACUUCAUUCUAAAUUAGGCGAGUGUGUUUUGUUAUGCAUGGACCGUCAUACAGUCUCACUUCUGCUUGUACACUGUCUUGUGUUGCACAAUUUCGUUUGAUUUGAUGGAUACACGUAUUAUGUUCUAUCAUUUGGAAUAACAAGUUCUUCGUUGCCUUGCCUUUUAGGGAUUUUACAGCCGCUUGUUAAUGAAUGAAUGAACUUCUGACGGUAUUCAUGUAGGUAAAGAGAGAAGCAUCCAGGAUUGGCGAAUUAUGGAGUAGUUUCUGGUAGAUCGGAUAUUCUCUAGUUCCCACAAAACAUGGAAAAGAAACAUCCAAGAAAUGAUGUGUCUGGCAAAAGAAGAUCAGACGGUAUGAACAUCAGCAUAUCGAGCAGCGAUACCGAUAUAAACGUCAGCGAUAACAGACAUCUAAUUUAUGGCGAUCGUAACAGAGGAAAGUCCGCCAUCGAAGUCUGCACGUUACAGCCAUCGGAGCUAAUCUCCCCCGCCGAGUAUGCCGAGGGAAGCGGCGAUGUCGUCCAGGAUGCAGACGUUGAUGAUGAGGAUGUGUCGACAGACAGUACGAUCACGAGCGCUAGCGGACUGCAAUUCAAGAUGGCCAGGCAGGACGGGAAAAUGAACAAACACAACGAGAUUCCUCUCAACGAUUUCAACAGCGAGUCGAGUUUUCAGUCGCCACCGGAAGUCGAGUCGUUCACACCGAAAAAGAGGAUACGAUUUAAGACCGACGAACCAGAAGUGUUCUACCCGCCGCCGGCAGUGGGGUUCAAGUUCAAGUCGCAUGCAAACCAGUCCACCAAAAGGAAGGCAUUUCUAAACAAAGAGAACAAAGGGAGUAAAUCUCGGUUUGAUCCCAUGAAAAGAAAUCGCAUGUCAAUCGGUUUCAUGGGAACGCUCUUUGAACCAGAUCGGGAAAAUGGGCAGGUGAACGAUGGACGUGAUGGUAGUGGUGUUGAUGUCCACGAUGAUGGUGUUGAUGGCCAUGUUGAUUCGGCAAUCGUUGAUGAAGGAAAGCUACCCGUAAAGAAACCGAAACCAUGCACAGACAGGUUUCUAAAGAAUGUUAAAUCUAAGAUCCAGAAAACCACCAAGAACAACAGGUUGAAUAGAGUCUACUCACCUGUGCUCAUUAUGGACUUGAUAGACGCUGUUCGGAAUGAUGACCUCGAUGAUCUGAAGAACGUUCUUGACCAGAACAGCUACUUCAGUUUGAACAAACUGGAUAAGAAAAACCUAGCCUUACUCCACCAUGCCGCCAUCUAUAACCGGGAAUUAAUUGCAAGGGAAAUCUUGAGGAGAGGUGCAAAUGUCGAUGUUACCGAGCUUCACGUCAGGGCGACCCCUCUUCAUGCCGCUGCUCGUAUGAACAGCGUCGACGUCGCCCAAGUACUCCUAGCACGAUGCGCCGAUGUCAAUAAACGAACCACCAACGGGAUGACACCGCUUCACAUCAGCGCGCGGAGAGGACACAUCGCAGUUACCAGGAUUCUACUGAGGCAAGGCAAGGCGGACGUAUGUGCGUAUGACAAGGACUGCUGUACUCCUCUCCAUUUGUCUGCAGUGAAGGGUAGCAUGGGAGUUUGCAAGUUACUCGUCGAACAUGGAGCCGACAUCAGAGCCAAAGACGACGGUUGCCUGACCCCGCUGAUGAAGGCGGUGAUGAAUGGCCAUGUGGAUCUGAUCGACUUAUUCCUAGAGAAGGCUCGAAACACAGACAUUCCCGUGUCAAGCUACCUGAUGGAUGAAGACAACGAGAGUAACACACUCUUGCAUCUUGCCGUAUUGAAACGGAACACUGAGGUCAUCCAACGGCUGCUCGAUGAGGGAGUCGACGUGAACGUGAGGAAAAAGAACGGCAUGACUCCGAUCCACAUCGCGGCUAUGAACGGCGCUACGACCACCGUCACGCAGCUGAUCGAGAACGGUGCCGACAUCGAGAUGCAAGACAACGAAGGCAUGACACCGUUACACAGGGCUGCUGUGUACAACCGUGUCGAGUCCAUGGCUUUUCUCAUCCACGAAGGAGCCGUGAUCGACGGCGUGGAUGAUAACGGUUUCACGCCGCUGUUCUGUGCCGCCUGGAAGGGUCAUACAUCUGCCGGUGAGCUCCUUCUAACCCGAGGAGCUGAUGUCCAUGUAUUUGACGUUCGCCACAAGUCUCCCUUGCACUGGGCAGCAGAGAUGGACCACCUUAGCUUCCUGCAAUUUCUUCUCAGACACGGAGGAUACAGCCUGCGAAACGAAGCCGAUGAAAACGACCAGACGACCCUUCACUAUGCCGCUGAAUCGGGCAACGUAGAUAUGAUUAAGCUGUUGAUCAAGUAUGAAGCUGAAGGCGAUGUUCGUGAUGUCCUCUGCAAAACACCGGUACACAUCGCAGCUCAGGCGGGGUUCGUGGACUGCGUGGAGCAGCUUUUGGGCCACACCCCGAUGCUCCUAAAUGAAGAUGACUGCAAUGGAAUGACACCGCUACUAACCAGUUGCUUCUACGGUCGACAUGAAAUGGUCCGAAAACUACUCAAGAUGGGUGCUGACAUCACCAAUGUGAAUUACGAAAAUCGGACGGCCUUGAUGCUGGCGGCAAUGAACGACCACGUUGAAACAAUGAGUAUCCUCAUCGAAAACAGUUGUGACAUCCACGCCAUCGACAAAGAAAGGAACAACGCUCUACAUGUGUGUUGUGACGCGGGCCACAUCGCAGCGGCCAACCUGCUGAUCCGGGCUGGCGCUGACCAGUCGGCAUCGAACACCGCUGGUUUCACUCCUCUAGAACUGGCUAUCGAAAAAGAACAGGGCGAGAUUGCCGCCGCCAUAAUCAAGAGCAAAGACUGGAGGAUCGCCAUGCAGAGCAGGGAUGAGCUGAUGAUCUCGCCCAUGAAAGCCCUCAUCGAAAAGCUACCCGACGUCGCAAUGCUCGUCAUGGACCGAUGCGUUCACAAGUCAAACAAGAAUACGCAAAGUUCAUCAAACUAUGUGAAAUACGAGUAUCAGUACAUGGACCCGGGUCCAGACGACCAAUCAACGAAAGUAAACGAUUAUCGAUACUUUGCUGUGAGGACAAUGUGCCUAUACGGACGAGAGAAACUUUUGGCUCACGAGCUUUCACAGAGUAUCCUCAAGAGAAAAUGGAAUCGGUUUGGACGACUGUUCUACUACCUGGACCUUUUCUUCUACGUCUUGUUUUUGGUCUCGAUGACCGUGUACACGACCACGUAUCCACAUUGGACAGACGAUUACAUAUCUACACCUCAAUCAGCCUCUACCAUAGCGCCAACAGGAGUAUCGUCGACCACGAAGGUUACACCAGGGUCACCGGGGUCAACAUCAACUACAGAUCCUCAUGAUACUUGCCCCUACUUCAAUCUAACAGAUAACCCGUUCCUCGAGGAACACUUCUACUACUAUGCUCCCACCGAUUCGUUCUACUUCGUAGACACCACUCCUGUGAUCAUAUCUUACAUCGUGUUGACUUACUGUUUUACCGUUGUAAUAGGAGAACUUGGCGAGAUCUACGUAGUGCGGUUGAAAUAUUUCAUGGACGUCACAAACACGAUAGACUGGUUGAAUCUGGUGAGCGCCGCUGUGUUCGUGUAUCCGCCGGGUAAGGUCCCAUGCCCCUAUAACUGGAUAGCUGGAGUUAUCGCCAUGUUCUUCUCAUGGAUCAAGUUCAUAUUGUACUUCAAAGGUUUCAAGACCACUGGGCUGUAUGUACUUAUGUUCAUGGAAACUCUGUCUUCCUUGCUAAAGGCCAUGUCAGUGUACAUCAUGUUCGUCGUCUCCUUCUCGGUGACAUUUGAAAUCUGCCUCAGGAGAGUGUACCGGUUUUCCAAUGUGACAUCUUCCUUCCUGACUGUGAUCACGAUGAUGUUGGGCGAGUUUAACAAGGACGAUAUCUUCAACGAAGACUUGUCACUUGGGCCCUACGGUGUCGAGGUCUAUCUUCUCUUCGUUGCUUUCCUCUUUCUCAUGCCAAUGGUUCUCAAUAACCUGACGAUCGGUAUCGCAGUUGGUGAUAUUGACGAGAUUCAGAAGAAGGCAUUCAUCAAGAGGUAUUCUAUUCAGGCCGACUACGUGUAUCAUCUGGAAGGGAAGUUUCCCCUCUGGCUUCAGAGAUAUCUUUAUCAACCAGAGUUCAUGUUGAAAGUAUGCAAGAACAGGCCAAACUUCCUUCUAUGGUUCUUUCCCAAGGAAGAUACUGCGUUCAUAGAGGAGGACAGCAAGUCGGUGCCCAGGACCGCAGAACAUGUCUUGGAUGAGCUCCAAAAGCAUAAAUCCACGAUGUCAAGUUUGAAACUUAUGAUCAAGCAGCACGGCGACAUACUUCGACGAAUAGCGGACAAAGAGGGCGUGCUAGCCAAGUCGCAGGAUUUCGAUACCCUGGACGAACUCUACGACGAUCCUCCCGACGAUCAGGAUGAGGGCGAUAAUCCGUCGUCGUCUGUUGUGUAGUUUGCGAAAGAAAGAAAAGGAGAGAUUGAAAGGAUAAAUAAAUAAAUAAAGAUUGACGGGAGACGUCAUGAUUUCAUCCGCAGAAGUUACUAAAGAUAGAAAGAAAUUAGUGUAAGAAAGACUUAAUUAAUGAAGAGAGACUUAAUGAAGAAAGACUUAAUGAAGAAAGACACAAAAUAGAAAGUAAGAAGACAAUGCGAUAUCUUCUGCGUUGUGGUAAAGGAGAAAUCCUGACCAAAAAGAAAAAGAGUAGAAAGAUUAGAAAAAAA